CUUCUUGACAACAGAAAAUCAAUCCAUGCUCAAGAGCACCACCACCACCAUCACCGGCGGAGGAGGUGCCGCCACCUCCUUCACCACCACCACCCUACUCACAGCUAUCUUCCUCUCCAUUUUCCUCCUCACCACCUCCUUCACUCCCAAGUCGACCUAUCACUCCCUCUUCACCUCCUUCUCCGACAACACCUCCAUCUCACACAACCUCUUCAGUCUCACCCGCCGACCCCACGUCGCGGGUACCCAAGCCAACGCCGACACCGCCGCCUACGUCCUCUCCACUCUCGCUUCCUACACCCUUCGUUCUCACAUCACUUCUUACCACGUGUCUCUCACUUACCCACUCUCCCGCACACUCAUACUGACACGUUCACCGCCGGAUGACACGUCUAUCACCAAAUUCGAUCUUCGACAGGAAAUCUACGCCGGCGACCCCUACGCCGACGUGGCAGGCGAGGUCCUUCCCACCUUCCACGCCUACGCCAAGUCAGGGACCACAGCGGGACAGGUGGUGUACGUUAACUAUGGCCGCGUGGAGGAUUACGUCACCUUGAAAGCGAUGGGUGUCAACGUUUCCGGCAAUAUCGCCUUGGCAAGGUACGGUCAGAUAUUCCGCGGCGAUAUCGUACGGCACGCCUACGACGCCGGUGCCGUUGCCGUCGUCGUUUUCAGUGAUACCAAGGAUUACGGCGGUGGUGGAGGUGAGGGUGCGAGAUGGUUUCCUGAUGACAAGUGGAUGCCUCCAAGUGGUGUUCAGGUAGGGACGGUUUAUGGUGGGACCGGAGAUCCGACGACACCUGGUUGGACUAGCACCAGCGGCUGUGAGAGGCUGUCCGUUGAUGAAGUAGAGUUGCGUGGAGAGCUCCCCUUGAUACCAUCAUUGCCAGUGUCAGCAGCUGAUGGUGAUGCAAUCAUUAGGUCCAUCGGUGGACAAGUGGCCGGCGAUGAUUGGCAGGGUGGCAUAAACGCUCCGGUUUACCGGGUUGGUCCUGGCCCUGGUUUCCUCAAUCUCAGCUACACUGGAAAUCAAGUCAUAGCUACAAUCCAAAAUGUUUUUGGUGUUAUCAAAGGAUCGGAAGAGCCUGACCGAUUUGUGCUACUUGGUAACCAUCGCGAUGCUUGGACAUUUGGCGCAGUUGAUCCGAACAGUGGGACCGCAGCACUACUAGAGGUUGCUAGAAGGCUUGGGAAGCUGAAGAAAAGAGGGUGGAGGCCAAGGCGAACAAUUGUAUUUUGCAAUUGGGAUGCUGAGGAGUAUGGCCUGGUAGGAUCAACAGAAUGGGUAGAAGAGAAUAGAGAAAUGCUAGCUUCAAGGGUUGUCGCUUAUUUGAAUGUAGACUGUGCAGUCUCUGGGGCAGGAUUCCAUGCCUCUGCAACUCCUCAGCUGGAUGAACUACUCAAACAAGCUGCUCAACAGGUUCAAGAUCCAGAUAACUCCUCACAAACAAUGUAUGAUUCAUGGAUCGGCUCUGAUGAUUCCUCCAAGAUUGGGAGGUUAGGAGGCGGGGGUUCAGAUUAUGCGCCUUUUAUUCAACAUGUUGGAGUUCCAUCUGUUGACAUGUUCUAUGGAGGAGCAUACCCAGUCUAUCACUCAAUGUAUGAUGACUUCGAAUGGAUGAAGAAAUUUGGUGACCCAACGUUCCAUAGGCAUGUAGCAGUGGCCAGCAUUUGGGGACUAGUUGCUCUUAGGCUUGCAGAUGAGGAAUUCCUGCCGUUUAAUUAUCUUUCUUAUGCACAGGAGCUUCAGGAAAGCACAAAGAAAUUUGAAGAUGAAGUUUCAAGUAAGGGAAUAAGUCUCCUUCCCUUGUACAAGUCCAUUGAUAAGCUCAAGAAAUCGGCGAUCAAAAUAAACAAACAGAUAAAGGUAAUACAGGAAAGUAGGGUCUGGCCAUCAUUAUGGAAAAGAGACCACCUGGAAGUGAGAGAGAUGAAUGACAGGUUAAUGAUGGCGGAACGAGCAUUUACAGACCGAGAUGGGCUCGUUGGGAGGUCAUGGUAUAAGCAUUUGGUUUACGGGCCAUCAAAACAUGAUGAUUAUGGAUCAAAAUCAUUUCCUGGGAUAGAUGAUGCUAUUGAGAAAGCAAAGAUCUUGAACACUGCAGAGUCAUGGCAUUCUGUACAACAUGAAAUUUGGAGGGUUGCUAGAGCUAUCACAGAUGUAUCCCUAGUCCUUGGUGGUGAACUAACUUGAAAGUGUGUGUGUGUGUGUGUAUAUGACUACGACAAGAGAAUAGAUAAUGAGACAUGCAAAUACUCUGAA